AAGCAUACAACAAGAGCCAUGUUGUUCCAUUGUCUCUCCCCCCCAUUUUACAAAACGAUAGUUCACCACACUUCAUGGAUGAGUUGGUGAGACUCCGACCGAGACAAACCUCAACCUCACAGAACAAUACGACCGAUGAUUAUGUAUCGUCGGGUGAAGAUGGGCCUAAUGACCCUCUAACCUCCGACUCAAAGACCGAAUCAAACUGGAGUUCUGACUCCGCCACAACCUCGACGGGACUGUCGGCCGUCAUACGAGUCAUGUCAGAUUCUCUUCUGAGAACGGAACUGGCGGAAAUGGAGAUGAUCAAGGCUCGCGAGACAGCGAGGUGGGAAGCUGAGAAGAGAAGGAUGGAAAUGGAACUGGAGUUGACUCGAAUGGCGCUUCAGACUCAUUUACAGGCGACAACGUCUUUACUUGUCGAAGAACAGGAGAUCUCUCCGUCGUCGCGGAGGAAAAGGAAGAGAUCACAAGUUAUAGAAGACGAGUCCUCCACCACAAGGGAAAACAGUUUAGCUUUAUUGGGCUUACUCCAACUUAACCUGAUCUUCUCGAACUCAUUGACCUGAAAAAAAGUGCAGUACGUCAAAGUCAAAUAUCAACUGGAUGAUGACUUACGCUCGGAAACUGUCUUAUUGUUCUUAUAUUAUGUGUGUGUUUACUAUGCUAAUACCCUUUCCUUCCAACGUCUCUAAUGAAUAAGAUUUUACAAUCUACCGUCUCUGUUAUUAAUCAGAAACAAAUAUAAGAUGUGUCUUUUGGUACGA